AUGUCGCUUUCAAUACCUAAUGCGCCAAAUAGCGGGCUCUUCAAGCCAGGCUACCAGAACUACGACGCAGAGGAUGGCGCCGUCCUCCGCAACAUCGACGCCUGUCGCACCAUCGCCAGCACCGUUCAGACCUCCCUCGGCCCCUACGGCCGCAACAAACUCGUCAUCAACCACCUGCAGAAAAUGACCCUCACAAACGACGCAGCCACCAUCCUCCGCGAACUCGAAGUCGUACACCCGGCAGCCAAGCUGCUCGUGAUGGCGAGUCAGCAGCAAGAAGCUGAGAUGGGCGAUGCGACGAACCUUGUCAUAGUCUUCGCCGGCGAGCUGCUGCGGAAAGCGGAGGAGCUGUUGCGGAUGGGGCUGAAGACGAGCGAGAUUGUGCAGGGAUAUGAGCGGGCUGGACGAGCGGCGGCGAAGGCGCUGGAAGAGCUGGAAGUGGAGAGGGUCGAGAACCUGAGGGAUCAGGCGGAGUUGGCGAAGGCGAUCCGGACGGUGGUUGCGGCGAAGCAGAGCGGGAGUGAAGACGUCCUGGCGGAUAUGGUUGCAGAGGCUGUAUUGGCGGUGCUGCCGAAGAACCCCGCAAACUUCAACGUGGACAACAUUCGGGUGGUGAAGAUUAUGGGCGGCAGCUUGGAGCAGAGCAGGGUAGUGAAGGGAAUGGUGUUUGGACGGGAGCCGGAUGGGACGGUGAAGAAGGCUGUGAAGGCCAAGGUGGGAGUGUUCAGCUGUCCAAUCGAUAUCUCGCAGACAGAGACGAAGGGGACGGUGUUGCUCAAGAACAGCAAGGAACUGUAUGAGUUCAGCAAAGGGGAGGAGUCGCAGAUGGAGCAGACGAUCAAGGAGUUGUACGACUCUGGAUUGCGGGUGAUUGUUGCUGGAGCUACCGUUGGCGAACUCGCGAGGCACUACCUCGACCGCGCCGGCAUCCUCGUCAUCAAGGUACUUUCGAAGUUCGAGCUGCGGCGAUUGUGCCGAGUUGUGGGCGCUACACCCCUCGCCCGGCUUGGUGCGCCCAUGCCAGACGAGAUGGGCAGCGUCGACGUUGUGGAGACACUCGAAAUUGGCGGCGACCGAGUUACAGUCUUCCGCCAGGAGAACGAGCAAACACGCACUGCUACCCUGGUGCUCAGAGGCGCCACACAGAAUCACCUCGAAGACGUCGAGCGGGCAGUAGAUGACGGCGUCAACGUCUUCAAAGCCAUCACUCGGGAUCCGCGACUGGUACCUGGGGCCGGCGCGACGGAGAUGCAGCUGCAUGAGCGCAUAGCUGGGCUGGCAGACAAGACAUCCGGCAUCGCGCAGUAUGCCAUCCGAAAAUACGCUGAAGCUUUCGAAGUCAUUCCUCGUACUCUCGCCGAAUCAGCUGGCCUCGAUGCCACAGAAGUGCUCGCGAAGCUCUAUACCGCCCACGCAUCGCCCUCGUCCAAGCCAGCACCCAACGGCUCCGCCGCGAAGAAGUCCAACGACACCGAAGACGAUGAGGACAGCGACGAGGAGGUGCCGUGCUUAGGCGUCGAUAUCGAGAACGCAGACGGCACAGGCACGCUCGACGCAGAGGAGGACGGUAUCUUGGACCUGAUGAUCACAAAGGCGUAUGCGAUCAAGCUGGCGACGGAUGCCGCGCGGACGGUACUGAGCGUGGAUCAGAUUAUCGUGGCCAGGCAGGCUGGUGGACCGAAGCCGCCUGGACCUAAUCCGAACUGGGAUGACGAUGACUGA